GUAGAUAUUUUUUUGUAUCGAUAGUUUUUAGACUCUCUAUGUAAAAUGUAAACAAAGACCUGCUGUCAAAUGUCAAUCUCAGUUGUUGCCAGUUCCAACUUCCAGCUGUUGCAACGUUGAGCAACUUCGUUAAGUAUUUUGUUUAUAAAUCAAACGAAAUAAUGACUUCAAUAAGAGAAAAUACAAAUCAGUUCUUGUCACCUGAUAAACGAGUCAGUAAACUACUGGAUUCCAGACCUAAAAAUGAUAAAGAAACUCUCGAAGCAUUAAAAGAACUGUCAACAUUUUUCACUGACAAUACUUUGAACUGUCGCAGAAGUUUACGCAGUAUCAUUGAAAAAAGAAGCCUGUUAAUAAAUGAUGAGUUCUUGUCAGCAUUCAGAGAAGUCAAGUCUACACUCGACAACAUUUACGCCGAUGUUUCGUCUAUGAAUAGUUCAAUUCAGACAAUGACUAAUCGUUUACAAAAUACAAAAACUCAAACAUUGACUCUUAUUGAUCGCCUGACAACGCUUCAAAAUGAAAACAAACGAUUUUCAAUGAACCAUGAAAUCGUUGAAAUUUUUAUUAGUAAAUUUCAACUAUCUCGCCAAGAAAUUAGUAUUCUUCAUGGUCAAACUCGAGAUGAACCAAUCACUGAAGAAUUUUUUAACGUUUUAAAUCGUCUUCAAGCUAUUCAUUCGAGCUGUAGAAUUUUUAUGCAGUCAGGCUAUCAAACUCUUGGGCUUGAUGUUAUGCAAAGAAUGACUCUGUUACAAGAAGCAGCAUUAGAACGUCUGUACAAAUGGACCCAAAAUCAAUGCCGUCAUAUUGAAAACGAAAACUCACUUACACUGAUAAUUAAAGCAAUGUGCAAACUUCAACAUAGGCCAGUUCUUUUUAAAUACAUUAUUGAUGAAUAUUGUACUACUCGACGAUCAGUAAUUGUUGAUGCAUUUAUUGAUGCAUUGACACUAAGAACUAAAGAUAAAGGAAGUAGUAUAAAUCCCAUAGAAAUGAGAGCUGAUGACCCGACAAGAUAUGUUGGUGAUAUGUUAGCUUGGCUACAUCAAGCAAUUCCAGUUGAAAAAGAAAAUAUCAUGAGUCUAUUAAAAGCAUGUGAUGUAACAGAAAUUUCAGAUCAAGUUACUAAUGCUAUAGGUAAUAUAACAGAAGGUCUUUGUUACCCUCUUAAAUCUAGAAUUGAACAUAUUCUGGCUGUAGAAGCACCAGCAACAGUUUUGUACUCUGUGAUGUCAUUAAUCAGAUACUAUUUAGGAGUAUUAACUAUUGUUAUCCCAAACAGUAUGCUAGUUGAUAAUCUCAACGAAUUAUUACAGUUGAGCGAGAAAAGCUUCAACUCAAGACUUACUUUAGAAACUCGAUCUGCAUUGGGUGAACGAGCUGAACCACCAGGACAGGAGUUAGCUCCAGCAGCCUCUGUUAACCGUCUUUUAACACUACUCAAUGACGUUUUAUCAGUUGCUUUGAUUGUCACUGGAGAAGACAGAGAAAAAGAUAUACAGAAAAUUGUUUCAUUUGUUAUAGACCCUUUGCUUCAAGAAAUAAAUGAGACUGCUGCUAGACUUCCAGCCAUAGAUAUGGCUGUGUAUCUUUUAAAUUGUCUAUACAAAAUUUCAUCAACUCUAUCACUUUAUGAAUAUAUGGAUCAACGAUUAGAACGACUCCAAGCACAAUCCGAUGCACAAAUGGACACACUGACUUCAGAGCUAGCAAGUUCAUUAGUGGCUAAUUUAAAUUUGGGACCAAUUUAUACAAUUCUACAAGGAAAGGAACAAGGUCCGUUAUCUUUGAUAUCUGGUAUGGAUUCAACCAAUCUCAAAGAAUUUGCUAAUAAAUUGGAGUCAUUUCUUUUGAUGCCCGAUGCUUUUUUGUUGCCACAAAUCAGCUUGCUCCAAAACUCGAAUAAUCGGUCAACAGCACUUAAACGUUCAUUCCAAGUCAUUGGUGCUAUCUACAAGCAACUCUACGAAGCAUUGCAUGAUCCCAAAAACCUGUAUCAAUCUCCAAACUCAAUAUUCACUAGAACACCUGCAAGUCUUCUUGAAAAACUGUUGAAUUAUUAAUUUUAAACAAUGUUAUUAAUUAAUAUCAUUUUGAUUUUCAAUUAUGUUAUUUCUU